AUGAACACUCUGUGUCGAUGCUGUCUAGCGCGCCCACCUGAUAAGGACCUAAAGACUGUUUACACGCGUCUUGGAAAGGCGGAAAUAUAUGGAGAUAUGCUAAAAGAAUGCUUCGAGAUACACUUAUCGCUGGGCAACAUGGUUGGCGACGCGGGUAUAUGUGACACGUGCGUCGAUAGGCUUCGAGACGCCGCCGACUUCAAGGAGCAAGUAAUACGUUGCCAGAAAGAGUUCCAGCUUCAUUAUAUUUCAUCCUUCGAUGGGAAAGAUGAAAAAUCACCUAAAGUGAAACUUGAGGCUUCCGAUGCUGAGGACGAGAAUGGAGUAUAUUUUAUUGUUUCAGAAGUGAAAGAGGAACCCUCAGACGAUGACUCGAAGACGGAGGAAGAUUCAGAACUGGCCGCCAUGUUAGGUCUGGGUGACAUCACAAUCAAGAGGAAGGUGAGCAAGAAGAACGGAGAGAAGUUGCUUCUAGAAGCCAACGAUUGCAAGAACUCGCAAAAGAAAGGCCCAAUCAAACUCUCGCUUAGAACGCUAACACAAAUGGAAAAUCUAAAAAAAUCCGUCCAAAACCCGACCAUUAUUCGUUUUGUUAGCGACAACAACAAACACAAAGUCAACUUGGACAAUAUAUUGAAAUAUUCAAAUUGUACACCUUUCUUUACGCGAACAAUCGCCGGUAUUGUUUGCGCGUACUGUAAAGAGACCUAUCAGGACCCGCAAGAUUUAAGAACGCACAAUCGAGAAAAUCAUAAAAACGAUGAGUUUAACCACAGCAAACGCAUAGAUAAAAAUAAUCUUUCUAUCAAAUUGGAUAUAACUGAUCUUAAAUGUACAAUUUGCAACGCAAACUUCGAUCAUAUAUCGAAUUUGAAGCAACAUCUCACUAAUGAACAUGAUAUAAAAUUCUAUUCAGACGUAAAGGACUAUAUAAUGGAAUUCAAGUUGACUUCGUCCCAAAUAAUGAACUGUGCGCUCUGCAACUCGACAUACGAAACCUUCAAGAUGUUACUACAACAUAUGAAUGGGCAUUAUAGGAAUUUUAUCUGCGACGUGUGCGAUAUGGGUUUUAUAAACCAGCACAGGUUAAAAAGUCACAAACGGACCCACGAAGUUGGCACUUUCAAAUGCGCGUACUGCGACAAAAUCUUCACCACUCGAGUGCGACAGAUGUGCCACGAGAAAUAUACACACAAUACGAACGCUCGAUAUACUACCAAUUGCCCACAGUGUGAUAAGUCCUUCACGAGUUACUACCAACGUAAUAGACAUAUGUUUGAUGAACAUAAUACCUCAGCAGCGGACUACAAGUGUAAUAUAUGUGACAAAACUUUCAUUCUCAAAUCGAAACUGACUUCCCAUAUAAAGAAAGUGCAUUUAAUGGAACGGAAUCAUAUUUGUGCGGUGUGUGGACAGGGAUUUUUUAUAAAACAGAGUUUAAACGAACAUAUGAUUAAGCAUAAUGGGGAAAGAGUGUUUAAGUGUACAGUGUGUUCUAAGGCGUAUGCUAGGAAAAAAACACUACGAGAACACAUGAGGAUUCACAAUAACGAUAGACGAUUCAAAUGCGGUGUUUGCAGUUUGGCUUUCGUUCAAAAGUGCAGUUUGAAAAGUCACAUGUUAUCUAAUCACGGUGUUACUUUAACGGAAUUUGAAAAUAACCGAACUGAAAAAAGUCCAUAG